AUGUCGUCGCAGACGAGAGAGCCGAUGUGGUUCUGCCACGAAUGCCAGGCAGAGAUGCACCCUUUGAUGAUACCAGAUCCGCACUGUGCGUCAUGUCAGGGAACAUUUGUAGAGAAGAUGGAAAAUCCGGCGGACGACCCGCGUGAUUUUCACAAUGCAGGGCCCGACUUCAACGACGCCCUUGGCCCAUUGGGAAUCAUAGCGAGUUUCAAUGAGUUGUUACGCGAAAGCGCAAGGUCGCAAGACGGGCAACGAUCAACUGGCCAGGGCCGAAGUUCAAGCCCGAUUAAUAGACGCGAAUUUCGCUUUGAGUUUGGGUCUCCUAACAGUCGACGACACUUGAUUAUCGGUGGCCCUAACGUUCUGAAUAGGCGUGAGAGCGAGCAGAACGGGAAUGCAUCUAAUGCACGUCGAUCAGGCUCAUCAGGCUCAUCACCACCUCGGAUGUCUGACUUCUUGCGUGCUAAUAGCGAGGCAUCCGGAGCUUCCGAACCGCGCGAUAUGAACAUUCCUGGUCAGCUCAUGGCUCAGUACAUGAUGGCAGUCCUCGGUGGUGCUACGUUAGGUGGUCCUCGAGGAAUGUCACCCUUCUUUGGUCCAAUGGGGAUGGACGACCAUGGACCUGGCGAUGGGCGAUGGGGAGAUUAUGUUUUUACUCAAGAAGCUCUCGAUCAAUUAAUUACUCAAAUGAUGGAGGGCGCCAACUCUACUCGCCCUGUGCCAGCAACAGAAGAAAUUAUGGGGAAGUUACCCAGAGAAGUUCUUGAGGAAGGAAGUGAGCUUUUGGGAAGAGAUUGUGCCGUUUGCAAGGAGCAGUUUAAUGCCAAAGCGGAUGACCCCGAUGAGCAGGUCGUUGUCACCUUGCCGUGUAAGCAUCCAUUCCACGAGGGAUGCAUCAUGCCGUGGUUGAAGAGUAGCGGAACAUGUCCAGUAUGCCGAUACGCGCUCGUUCCUCAGCCGAACUCUCAUCCAUCAGGAUCUGGAUCACUACCAGACAGACCAGGAUCAGGUAGUCCUGGCCCUCCAGGAGGUGGUAGUUCAUCACAAAAUGACCCAGGUAGUAAUGCUUCAUCAAGUAACAAUGCUCCAUCAAGCAGCAAUAAUUCAUCAAGCAAUAAUGACACAUCAUCACCAUUAGGGUUCUUGGCCUCUCUGUUCGGUGGUCACGGCCGUCGGAACAGUAAUGGAAGUUCUUCACACUCGAGGUCACCACCGCGCGACAGUCAGCAACGUCGCACGUCGGGUGGGAGUGGCAAUGGUAACAACAGCAGUAGUGGCAAUAGUCAUAUUCCAGGGAGCUGGGGAGAGGACUAA